UGGCUUGCAGGAAAUGCUUCUUGUGACACACAGUGCAAGUUUCUCGAGCGCUUGGCUAACUCAAGCCACCUAGCUCCACCAGAGUCGUCUUUCAAGAUUAACUACAAGGUGAGGGUGAGUGGUACAAAGAGUGUCAGAGGUUUCAGCAUAUUUGAAUGGCGGAGGCGUUGGCGGUUCGUCAAUACAGUCUCGAACUCAGUAUGCGGGAAAAGGUCUUGUCAGUCUUUUAUUCUGCCAUAGUUUUCACAUCUUCUGCUUCACUCAACCAGCAUGAAAAACAAGAUCCGGAAGAGAACUCAGUCAGUCAAUGGUUCUCUAUGGUUGAGAAACUUGCACAGCGUGUCACAAAAAAGAAUUUCCAACAAGCCAUUGAAGACUUUUAUCAACAGCUGCUCUCUUCGCUGUCUGACUGCAUACUGAGGAUGAAAUGGACAGCCGGUCAACCGGCGAGGAAGAAUUAGCGAGAAGAAACUCUGGCUAGCUGAGAACAAACCAACAGGCAAGAGCC